AGCAUCAGUUCAGAAACUAGAGACAGAUGAUGUUUUUUUCUGGUCAUGUUCAUGUUGAUAUUCUGGAUGCAUCUUCAAACCCGCAACAGCAGCCUAAGUUAUUAAUUUCCUUUUUGAAAUAAAACGGUGGACUGAUUUUUGUUGUCCACUGUUUUUGUUUUUGGAUGUUUUUGCUUGGAAUGUUCAGUCAAUAGAUAUAUUUAUGGAGCUGUUCCUUUCGAUGAGCUUGAAUUUCUUCCUUCUUUUCAAUGCAUAUAUUACCUCUGCAGAAAAUUAUUAUCAAACACUGAAUGCUGUAAUCAGCAUCGAGGACAAGGCCAACGACAACUUAACAGACCUACUUCGCAACUUCAUAGCUUCUUCUGGUAAAGAAGUAAUUAGCCAAAUUAGUCGCACUAAAGAUUGUCAUCUUAAGAACGGCGAAAUAAAUUGUGUGUGUGAAGCUCUCUUCUCCAAAAAAGAUGGGGUAGAGUGUAACCCUGUCAACAGAGUUUCAGUCAAUGGAACAAUUGUCCAUGGAAAAAAGACUUACAGCGAUGACCUCACAAAUCCAAACACAGAUGCAUUUAAGGAACUGAGCAACAACAUAAUUCAGGAGUUUUCAAAAGAAUACAGCAAACUGAAAUGGUUUAAUUCCCUGACCAUUACAAAAUUCAGUAAGGGCUCGGUCAAGAUACAUUUCAGGAUGACUUUUGAUACCGAUGAAGGCAUAGAGGGCAUUGAUAACAUAACUGCCGAGUUACAGAAGGAAUAUGGAAAGGCUGAACUUGUUACGGAGGGUUUUGUCAGAAUAACAGCACCAACAGGUAGAGUGGAAUAUAAUACAAAUGUGAACCUUAGCUGCGAAACCAAUGCCAAUCUCACUGGGGAUGCUGCAUGGUACUUGCGGAGGGAAAACGGAGAGGAAACAGAAAUCUAUGGAGGGACUGAAGUGGAACUGAAAAAUCAACUGAGCAAAAGCACAAUUCACCUUUCAAAUACAUCGAGUGUCUGGAGAGGUUCAUACAUAUGUGAAUUUAAGCAGGGUACAGUGAAACACCAAGCUAGUGUCUUUUUAGAUGUAGCCCUCCUGCCUAAGAUCAACAUUUUUACUGACCCUCAAUUUCCCGACUGCAAAAAGCCUAGGCCUACUGAUAAAGUAACAGUGACUUGUGCCAUUGAAAAUACAACUGAAAUAUAUAAUGUUAACUGGGAAGACAAAGACUUUACUUCUCCAAACAAAAAAUUUGAGCAUGGUAACCUUUUGUACAGCAUCGUCAAAACCGUAGUUUGUACAUCCAAAGAAGACAUUAAAGUUUCAUGCAAUUUCACAAACAACCUGAAUCAAUUUAAGCCAGAAUACCUUACCAUUCCUGUCAUCUACUCUGACACUAAGGUCUGUCCAAAGGACGGAGACUGGCCUGAGGCCAAGGCAGGUUAUGUGGCCAAACUGCCCUGUGGAAGUAAGCAAAAAGGUGAAAGGACAAGGGAAUGCCAGAAAGAACAAGGGUGGGAUAAGGAGAUCCCGGAAUGUGUAAACCUUGACCUGGGCGAUAUAUCUGAACGAGCUUUGGACCUUCAGAGGGGGCUUGGGAAGUUCACAGAUAUAGCUCCAAAGGUGUUUGAGGACAUGAAGAAAUCAACACAAGGAAACAUUAAUUCCAGAGCGAACCUUAAUACUUCAGUGUUAAUUUUUAAAACCAUGUACAGCGUUUCCUUGUCAAAGAAUGAAUCAAUUGAGGGAGAGUCGUUACUAACUGAUAUUCUGACAUCUGCAAGCAACAUAAUAAAUGACUCACUGAAGGGUUCCUGGGAUGUUAAAAUAGCUGCUGACUACCUGAUUUAUGUUAAUGGAUUAUUAGGUAAAGCAGAAGUAAAUGAUGAAGAAAAAACACCAAACAUCAACCACAAACCUUGUAAUGGAGAUUGCCAAGUCUUCAACGUCACAAUGACGUUUCCCAAGAACGGAUCUGGUGUUGCCACUGGCUACAAAACACUAGGGGAAUACCUGCCACUUAAAAUUGAGGAUGACACUGACCUGGACAGCCGUGGCAUUGUGCUACAGAUUAAUGCUGUGAAUACCAAUAGUGUCCAAUUUAAGUUUAGUCAUGUCAAUCGAACCAAGAACCAUAAAUUGCACUGUGUGGUCUGGAACCCCAGUGAUACGAGAUGGUCCGAAGAUGGAUGUACGUGGGGUGGUGCCAGUAACCCAGAACACUGUGAAUGUGAACUCCCUCUUGAUAAUAAUGUCAGAUCAUCAGAAUCAUCAAACAGAUAUAAAGGAGCAGCAUUCACGGUGUUGAUGGCCAAAAACCCAGUCAUCAUCCCCUAUAUUGAGAAGCUGACUUGGGUAGGCCUGUUCGUGUCCGUAGUUUCUCUCUUUGUAUGCCUCAUGAUUGAGUUUGCUGUGUGGAAUGCCGUGGUCAAGUCAAGCAUUGCCCAUUUUCGCCACACGGCCGUAGUCAACAUCUCCCUUUGCUUGCUGCUCGCCGACAGCAGUUUCUUGGCCACAGCGUUUCCAGAGUCCACUCCUAGCCAGUGGUGCCGCUGGCUCGUCGUCAUGAAGCAUUACUGCUUCCUGGCCAUGUUUUUCUGGAUGCUGUGCUUAAGCUUGGUGCUACUCCACUCCCUGAUUUUCAUAUUCCAUCGGCUGAGGAAAAAGGUCUACUUAGGAGCGUCCUUCACCGUCGGCUAUGUCUGUCCGUUAAUUAUCGUGGUCUUGACGGUCAUUGCAUAUGAUAAUGGUAAAGAAGACUCCUACUACCUACCCACAACCUGCUGGCUGAAGUAUGAGGGUGCCUUUCAAGGGUCUUUCUUUGCCUUUGUGAUGCCAGUUGGCAUCAUUGUUGCCAUUAAUGUGUUGUCCAUGCUGUUGGUAAUCGCAAAACUGUUGACACCAUCUAUAUCUGAAGGCAGUACUCCAGAUGACAAAGAAGUCAUCAGAGGCAUCCUUAAAGCUGUGAUCUUCCUAACUCCAAUCUUUGGAGUGACAUGGGCUUUUGGAUUUGCUGUUCUGGCGAUUGACCAUACUGUAAUGCCCAUGUCUAAGAUUGUGAACUAUGCCUUUACAGUGUGCAAUGCAUUUCAGGGGUUAUUCAUUCUUCUUACUGCUUGCCUGGGAGAAAAAAAGGUUCGAGACCAGCUUUCUGAGAUAAUGAGAUGCAAUUCAAAGGUUUAUAAAACAUCCAGAGGCGAGCUCUCCACCUCCAAGACCUCCAAUCAAAGCUCCAUCAAAAAGAAAUAACGUCCAGUCUUGUGGCAUCAAAAUUUUCAAUACCCUGUGCUUUGUUCAGUUAUCUUACUUUUCUGUUAGACAUAAUGCUGUUGUUAACCUAAUAUGAGCUUAAUAGGAUUGAAGCUGUUUCAUUAACUCAAUCUGCAGUGCAAACAUGCCUCGGAUUUACAUGGUGUCAGUGUCCUUGCAAUGUGUAGUUGAUACCAAAAUACUACAUUAAUAUUACAAUAUACAUAGGUGUACAAUGCUUUCAUUUCUGACAACAAACAUCACAUUGGACCUUCUUUACUUUUUGAGGCAUCAUUUGUAAAUAACUUUGUAAUGACUCUACAAUAUGUAUGUUAAGAUUUUAUAUCACAAAUAUUCUGGCAAUAUGCAAAUAAGACAAUUUGCUCUAAUUCUUUAACAAACAGAAAUAUGUAAAUUAGUUUGGUGAUACUGUUAUCAAUAUACCAUAGUGAUAGCACAUUGCAUGAAAAUAGUGGAAUACUGCAUCAAAAUGAAUAUGAAUACUGCAUGAAAAUGAAUACAAAAAGUAGUUGCUCAUGUUAAACAUUCUUCAGAAAUUUACAGAUUGUUACAGUCAAUCUGCAAGAGAUACAGAAAGCAUCAACACAACAUAUGCAGUUCAGAUUUGGCCGUGAUAACACUAAUCUCCAGACUCAUAGAAUAAAUGAUUGUGAAUUGUGGAAUAAAUGUACUUUUGUAGUAUGUGGUCACUA